GCUCGCCGCCCCGCACUGCCGCGACGAUGCUGCCGCGGGUCGGUCGCUGCCGCCAGGCUCCGGCCGCCUGGCUCCGGCUGCUGCUGCUGCUGGCGGCGGCGCUGGCGCGGCCGGCGCUGCCCGAGGUGCUGUUCCGCUGCCCGCCCUGCACCGCCGAGCGCCUGGCCGCCUGCGCCCCGGCCGCCGCCUGCCCCGAGCUGGUGCGGGAGCCCGGCUGCGGCUGCUGCCCGGUCUGCGCCCGCCUGGAGAACCAGUCGUGCGGGGUGUACACGCCGCGCUGCGCCGCCGGGCUCCGCUGCUACCCGCACCCCGGCGCCGAGCUGCCGCUGCAGGCGCUAGUGCAGGGCCAGGGCACCUGCGUCCGGAGACGGGACGUGUACGGGGCCAGCGCCGCGCCGGGCGCCGUUGUCAUAGGUUUUGUCUUCUCUGUGCUGCUCUUCAAACCAGAUUUUCUGAUUCCCAGUCUACCUGAUUAG